GUCCCCGCCCCGUUCCCGCUGUCUCUCCCCUCAGCCCCGCUCAGUCUCUCCGUGCGCUGACGCCGCUCGGUGCCCCCGCUCCCACCCCUCUUUUGUUUCUCCUUGUGCUCCUUGUUGUUUUUACCCCCUAUUUUCUCUAUUUAUUGUCCUCCUUUAUUCCCCUCCCUUCCAUCCCGGCUGGUUUCGGUGGCGGUUCGGGGUUGUUUUUUUGGUUGGUUGUUAUUAUUGGGGCCCUGUCUCCCGGCUCUCGGUGCAGGCCUUGGCCCGCCAUGGGCGCGGUGUUGGCGGUGGGGCGGUGCGGCCGCUCCGCGGGGCGCUGAGCGGAUCGUGGAGCGGGGCCGGGACUCGCCAUGGCCGCCAAGGACAACCCGUGUAGGAAGUUCCAGGCCAACAUCUUCAACAAGAGCAAGUGCCAGAACUGCUUCAAACCCCGCGAGUCGCACCUGCUCAACGACGAGGAUCUCAACCAGGCCAAACCCAUUUACGGUGGCUGGCUGCUGCUGGCCCCCGAAGGAACGGACUUUGACAAUCCUGUCCAUCGCUCUCGGAAAUGGCAGCGUCGGUUCUUCAUCCUCUACGAGCACGGGUUGCUGCGCUACGCCCUCGACGAGAUGCCUACAACCCUCCCACAGGGCACCAUCAACAUGAACCAGUGCACGGAUGUGGUGGAUGGGGAGAGCCGCACAGGGCAGAAAUUCUCCUUAUGCAUCCUAACACCAGAGAAAGAGCACUUCAUCCGGGCUGAGAACAAGGAGAUCAUCAGCGGGUGGCUGGAGAUGCUGAUAGUCUACCCAAGGACAAACAAGCAGAACCAGAAGAAGAAGAGGAAGGUAGAGCCCCCAACUCCACAGGAGCCUGGCCCUGCGAAGAUGGCUGUGACCAGCAGCAACAUCCCCAGUGCUGAGAAGGUCCCCACCACCAAGUCCACGUUGUGGCAGGAGGAAAUGAGGGGCAAAGAGUCAGGAGAUGCAGGCGGCAGCAUCAGCCCAGCACAGAGCCCGGUGCAGGGGGCUGCCAGCUCCCUGAAGGAUCCCAUUUUGGACAACAAGGAAGAUGAGAGCUCCAUGAAUGGGGACCGGAUAGACUGUGGGCGGAAGACUCGUGUUGAGAGCGGCUACUUCUCCUUGGAGAAGACCAAGCAAGACUCGAAGCUGGAAGAGCAGCAGCUGCCGCCACCACCGAGCCCACCCAGCCCCAGCACCCCGAACAACAGGUACAGUUAUCCCAAAUCGCCCUCACAGGAGCAUGCCCAGCCCUUUCCUUCCCCAGGUACCCGAUCAGGCGACAGAGUGAUUCACAGCUUUUCUCUGAACUCCUUGGACUCGAAGAGCAGUUGUCCCAUGCACAAGGACUCCAGCAGAGAUGUAGGAAGGGGAGCUGAAAAAUCGGGGCGUCCCCUUUCUUUUAAAGCCAGCCGGCAGUACACCACCCUGGCCGACGUUCCCAAGGCCAUUAGGAUCAGUAAUCGUGAGGCCUUCCAGGUGGAGAGGAAGCGGCUAGAGCGGAGAACCCGGGCACGUAGCCCUGGGAGAGAAGAAGUGGCCCGGCUCUUUGGCAAUGAGAGAAGGCGAUCUCAGGUUAUUGAGAAAUUUGAGGCAUUAGACAUCGAGAAUGCAGAGCACAUGGAGACAAGCGUGCCAGCAGGAGCUGCCCUUUCCAGUGAGACGCGGCAGGGCAGGAGUGAGAAGAGGGUUUUCCCACGGAAACGAGAUUUCACGUGUGAAGGGACAGCCAUGGGCUCCAUCCUGGACGUGUCUGCAUCUCCGCUGUCCCCGCACCGCCGGGCCAAGUCACUGGACAGGAGGUCCACAGAGUCCUCCAUGACGCCCGACCUACUGAACUUCAAGAAGGGCUGGCUGACAAAGCAGUACGAGGAUGGGCAGUGGAAGAAGCACUGGUUUGUGCUGACUGACCAAAGCCUGAGAUACUACCGGGAUUCAGUGGCAGAGGAGGCAGCAGACCUGGAUGGAGAAAUUGAUUUGUCAACGUGCUAUGACGUCACUGAGUACCCAGUUCAGCGGAACUACGGCUUCCAGAUCCACACGAAGGAAGGGGAAUUCACCCUCUCUGCCAUGACGUCUGGCAUCCGCCGCAACUGGAUUCAGACCAUCAUGAAGCACGUUCGCCCCACCACUGCGCCUGAUGUAACGAGGAAAAACUUCUCUUUGAAACUAUCCGUGCUGAAGCCCAGCUCCCUACCAGAGGAGAAAAGCAAAACAAGCUCAUCCUUUGAGCCCAGCCCAAAGCCCAGCGAGAAGCCGGACGCGGAGCAAACUGAGCUGGACCCAGAGCAGAAGCGGAGCCGUGCACGGGAGCGCCGGCGAGAAGGGCGAUCCAAGACCUUCGACUGGGCUGAGUUCCGCCCCAUCCAGCAAGCCCUGGCUCAGGAGCGCGCCAAUGCCGCUGACUCCUCCAAGAGUGGCACCUCCGCCUUCUGCAGGGACAGCAGCACCGCCGACACCGACCCGGGUGAGCUGGAGAGGGAGAGGGCACGGCGACGUGAGGAGCGGCGCAAACGCUUCGAGAUGGUUGACACGGUGGAUGGAACAGGACCAGAGGAGACGCUGAAGAUGGAGGUGGAUCGGAUCCUGCCUGUCCCUGUGGACAUGAAACCACAGAAUGUCCACGUGGAGAUCGAGCAGCGGUGGCACCAGGUGGAGACCACCCCACUGAGGGAGGAGAAGCAGAUCCCCAUUGCUCCCCUGCACCUUGCCCACACUGAGGACCGGGAUGAGGGGCUGGCAAAGCAGCACCUGACCACACUGCUGGAGAAGGAGCUGGAGCAGAAGCAGAAGGAGGCCCUGGAGCUCCUGGAGCAGAACCGACACCUGCAGGACCAACUUAAAGUCGCACUGGGCCGGGAGCAGAGCGCCCGUGAGGGCUACGUGUUGCAGACCGAGGUGGCCGCCUCGCCAUCAGGUGCCUGGCAGAGGCUCCACAAAGUCAACCAAGACCUCCAAAGUGAGCUGGAAGCCCAAUGCCAGCGUCAAGAGCUGAUCAAUCAGCAGAUCCAGUCGCUGAAGCGCAGCUACGCUGAGGCUAAGGAUGUCAUCCGGCACCACGAAGCUGAGAUUCAGAGCCUGCAGGCACGGCUCAGCAACGCGGCAGCCGAGCUCUCCAUCAAGGAGCAGACCCUGGCCAAGCUCAGAAGCGACCUGAGGAGUGAGAAGGAGAAGGCCAAGGAGCAGCUGGAGGAGUGGCAGCACAGCGAGGCUGCGCUCAGCUCCCAGCUGAAGGCCAGUGAGCAGAAGCUGAAGAACGCCGAGGCUCUGCUCCUCGAGAAGACUCAGGAGCUGCGGGACUUGGAAAUGCAGCAGGCUCUGCAGAGGGACCACCAGAAGGAGGUGCAGCGGUUGCAGGACAGGAUCGCAGAGCUGAGCAGACAGCUGAAUGCCAGUGAGCAGACGCGCAUCCUUAUGGAGGAGAAGCUGCAGAAGAAUUAUGAGGCUUUGCUGGAGAGCUGUGAGAGGGAAAAGCAGGUUUUAAUACAGAGUCUGAAGGAGGUGGAGGAUAGGGCCAACGAGUACGAGAAUCAGCUGCAAAACAGCGAGCAGCAAAUGGAAGUUCUGCAGAAGGAAAAACUGAGCGCAAAGUUUGAGGGCAGCGAGCUUGUCCACCAGCUGGAGGAGCAGCUGCUGCUGAAGGAGGCCAGCAUCCAUAAACUGGGAGAGCACAUCAAGGAGCUUGAGAGGGAGAGAGAUCAGAUCAAAUGUCGGUUCCACGAGCUCAUGAAUCAAGUUGCCGAGUCAGAUAACGAGGUUGCAAAGCUGCAAGCCAAGUUGAAAAUGGAAGAGACCAACUACCGCAAUCUGGAGCAAUCAUUUGAGGAGGUGUCGGAUCAGUUCCAGGGUGUGCAGAAAGUGCUGAAGGAAAAAGAGGAAGAGCUGAGACACGUUAAGGAAAUGCACCUGAGAAUUGUGGAGAAGAAAGAUCAAGAUCUCAGCGAGGCUUUGGUUAAAAUGGUUGCUUUGGAUAGCAGUUUAGAGGAGACUAGAGUAAGGCUAAAGGCCAAGGAGGAGGCUUUAAGGAAAUUAACCAGCGUAGGUGCAGGGCCGUGUGCUGAGGCAGAAGAUGUUGGCUCCCAUCCUGAGGCUGAUGAAAGUCACCCGUCUCAGCUGGGGCAGCCGCUGCCAACUCACGAUGCCCUCCCAGCUCUGACCUGUGUGCUGAAGGAGGAGGAGGAGGAGGUCCUUGAGACCAGCCAGAGGCAAGCAGAGGAAUUUGGCUCCCCUUCUAAAGCUGCGGAGCUUCAGGACCAAGAGUUGGCUCAGAAAGCCUUAGCAAAGCCUGAUGUAGGAAUCAUGGGGGCCAAGAGGCAGAGAAUCCGUUUCUCGAGCAUCCAGUGCCAAAAAUAUAUCCACCCAGAUGGAUCAGAGAAGAACUGGACGAGCAGUACCUCGUCUGACACCAGCCAGGACAGGUCUUUGUCUGAAGAAAGCAUGUCCUCGGAGCCAGCGCCUGGCUACCCAUCGUCAGCGGCAAGCGACUCUGAAACCUACCUCUCCAUCAUCCACUCCCUGGAGACCAAGCUGUAUAUUACAGAGGAAAAACUGAAAGAUGUAACCAUGAAGCUGGAGAGCCAGCACGGCCAUAACCAGGAGACACUCAUUGCCCUGCACCACCAGUGGGCCAGCACAGAGUCACAGCUGCGGGAGCAGCUCCAGAGCAGCUUAUCCCAAGUCAGUGCUCUUGUCUCGCAGCUGGAGAGUGAGAGGCAGGAGAAGCUCAAGCUCAUAGAAAGCCAUGUUAGCGAGCUGGGAGGUUUCCAGGUGAAAAACAAUCAAGCGCUGGCUUGCUUAGAGAAGUGCAGGGAGCAGCUCAGAUCUCUGCCCAAGUCAGACAAGGAGCAAGAGAGUGAUUUGUUCCUUGUUACUCUAUCCAGCAUGGAAACAACCUUAUCGAGUGCGAUCCAGGCUUUGGGAGGGGCACCGGUCCCACCUGAGUGUCAGCAGAGCGAGGGCCUCAUUGCAAGGUCCCCUGCACCAGACAGGGGGGUGCUGGGUGAAGGGGAGCCCAUCUCUGAGGAGCAGCCGGCGGGGACGUUUGGUGCAGGCCAGCUGAGGUGGCUGUCUGAGAGGGUGGCCUUUGAGGCCUCUCUAAUCAGCCAGAUAGCAGAGUCUCUGAAAAAUGCAGGCUCAGAGAUAUCACAGCUUCUCAGGGAGAUCCAGGGAACGGCGGAGGCGGCUCUGAUAGAGCCGGCAAGUGCUUCUGGCACAGCAGUUGACUUGGCCGGUGUCCUAUCUAAGAAGCUGCUGCUGGAAGGGGAGUUCUGGAGCCAGGUGGAGGAGCUGAGAGUGCACCUGAGCACCAGGGAGGGAGAAGCAGAGGGCAAAACAGAACCAGCAGGUUUGGGCUUUUCACCGUGUUUUCUCAGUGCUGUAGCAGAUGCUACGUUGAUCAAAGCAGAACUUGGGUUUGUGGCACAGAAAAUGAGGGAGUCUUUUCACCAGAGGUUAAAAACGAUCGAAGAGGAUCUCCAUAACACCAAAACAGCUCUCCAGCAGCACAAGUGCAUGUUGGAGGAAAUUCUCAAAGCGUACAGGACUCCUGACUUUGACAGAGUUGUGCAUCAGAUUUCUGAAGCACUUGAAAUUCAGAAAGAUGCCUCAGAAAGAGCCCAGAUCUCCUGGGAUGGGAACUGCAUCCAAAUGGGACCAUGCCAGGAGGGGGCCAAGGUGGAGGAGGUUCGUGGCCUACAAGGCCGUGGUGGUGAAUCUCUUGUUUCCAUUCAGGAAGAUAUUGCCCAACAGCUAAAGGACAAAUCCAGUGUUCUUAAGGAAAUCUCCGUUGCCUUACUCUCUCUACCUCCUGAGGAGGCCGUGAGAGAUUGCCAGAACCUCCUCAAGAUAUCACAGAGUCUUUCUUAUCUCCCAUGCAUGGGAGACCUGGAGCGCUACUCCUCUCUGUUAGUCCAGGAUGCAAUAGUUCAGGCUCAGGUUUGUUAUGCUGCUUGCAAAGUCCGCCUGGAGUACGAGAGAGAGCUGAAGUCGUACAAGGAGUCCUUGCAGAGCAUGGAUGCUCUGUGCCAGGAGCGUGUGAAGACCAUCUCCCUGCUCCGGGAUGAGUACGAAGAGCUGCUGAGGAAGCAGCAGGGUGAGUACGGCGAGGUGAUUGCCAUGUUGGAGCGGGAGAACGCCGACCUCAAAGCCAAGGUCUCCCAACUCGAAGGUCAGCGGAGGCUUUUGGAGGAAGAGGAGCACAAACACAGCAAAACGUUGAGCGAGUUGCAGGGCCGGUACGAGGAAGAGAUUCGGAACGUGAUCGAACAGCUGAACAGGACAGAGGAUGCUCUGAAGGCUGAGAGGACAGAGGGCCUCAACCAGCUGGAUGCCAUCGUCCGCGACAAGCAGGACAUGGAGCGCUACCACCUGGAGCAGAUGCAGAUGCUGGAGGACAAGUUCCAGGUCAAGAUCAAGGAGCUGCAGGCCAUCCACGGCGAGGAGCUGCAGGCUCUGCAGGAGCACUACAGCCAGAACCUGCAGCGCCUGCAGCACGCCCUCGAUGAGUACCAGCAACAGCACCCGGACGCAGUCCCUGCGGUGGGACCAGAUGGUGGGGACGGCUGGGGGGCCGGGGAGCCGGGUGGCACCGGGCAGGGACCCAGUGGGGAGCUGGACUCCAUGCAUGGCCUGAGGGAACGCAUCCAGGAACUGGAGGCCCAGAUGAACGUGAUGAGGGAUGAGCUGGAGAACAAGCACCUGGAGGGCAGCGCUUCCACGCUGAGGGAAAAGUACCAGAAAGACUUUGAGAACCUAAAGGCAACAUGUGAGAGGGGCUUUGCAGCCAUGGAGGAGACACACCAGAAGAAGAUUGAGGACCUGCAGCGGCAGCACCAGCGGGAGCUGGAGAAGCUGCGGGAGGAGAAGGACCGCCUGCUGGCAGAGGAAACAGCUGCCACCAUUUCAGCCAUCGAAGCCAUGAAGAAUGCACACCGGGAGGAGCUGGAGCGAGAGCUGGAGAAGUCGCAGCGCUCACAGAUCAGCAGCGUUAACGCUGACAUCGAGGCCCUCCGGAGGCAGUACCUGGAGGAGCUGCAGUCGGUGCAGCGGGAGCUGGAGGUGCUGUCAGAGCAGUACUCACAGAAGUGCUUGGAGAACGCCCACCUGGCGCAGGCGCUGGAGGCUGAGAGGCAGGCCCUCCGCCAGUGCCAGCGGGAGAACCAGGAGCUCAACGCCCACAACCAGGAGCUGAAUAACCGCCUGGCUGCGGAGAUCACGCGGUUGCGGACCUUGCUGACCGGGGAAGGUGGAGGAGAGGCUGCUGGGUCGCCUCUCACCCAGGGCAAAGAUGCCUACGAGCUGGAGGUCCUGCUGAGGGUCAAAGAGUCGGAAAUCCAGUACCUGAAGCAGGAGAUCAGCUCUCUCAAAGACGAGCUGCAGACGGCACUGAGGGAUAAGAAAUACGCCAGCGACAAGUACAAAGACAUCUACACAGAGUUGAGCAUUGUGAAGGCCAAGGCAGACUGUGAUAUCAGCAGGUUGAAAGAGCAGCUGAAAGCAGCCACAGAAGCUCAGGGAGAGAAAUCCCCUGUGAACACCACUGUAUCGGGAUAUGAUAUUAUGAAAUCAAAAAGCAACCCUGAUUUCUUGAAGAAAGACAGAUCCAGUGUUAGCCGGCAACUAAGGAAUAUCAGGUCAAAGUCCGUUAUUGAGCAGGUCUCAUGGGAUAACUGAAAUGAACCCGAGUCCAGGUUCCCUGCCACGUAGAGCCUGAAGGAAGGCCUGACCGUGCAAGAACGCCUGAAGCUUUUUGAAUCCAGGGACUUGAAGAACGACUAGCUCUCCCCGCUCCGCUUCACCACGCGCACCUCCCGGCUUGAGGCAGCACAGCACCAGCACCGUUCGUCCCACGCCGCUCACCGCCGUCCUCGCUGACGUUCGGCCCCACGGCCCCCUCGCCGCCCCCCUUUACCCCGCUUGUGAGACGCUUCUGAGACUCUGAGAGGGAGAGGAAGGGAUUGGGCUGUGGGUUUUGUGGGUUAUUAUUAUUAUUAUUAUUAUUUUUCCCCCCCCUCUUCGGCGCUUUGUAGGAGAACCCUUCCUUUACUGUAAACCAUUACACUAAGUGUCAGUAUUAAGGCUCAGUAGCCUGUGAAUAAGCUAGCUCCGUCGUACCAACGCCUUGGUAUGUGCGCAGGGCCGGGUGGCGGGGGCCAACCCUCUUACUGCUGUCACGAGCCCCCAGUGCUCAGAGCACGCCGGGAGCUUCAUUCGCCGUUGAUCUUGUCGACUGCAUCUCUUGCACCUGCAAUGGGGGAAAGCCUGUGGGAUGCUGCCGGGGUGCCUGGAGGAGCCAUGCCAAUGCCUGGCUGGUGGAGGACACAGAGCCCGGGCUCCAGCGUUGGGUAGGGGCUGCUUUGGGCACCUGGUGCGCAGCGGGAGGGAGGGAAGCGUUUCUGGGGCCGAGCCGCGAGGUCACUUCUUGCCUCUCCUAGAUCCAGCCCAGCACUGUUUUUUUUGCUGUUACUCCCUUCCUCUCAUUGAGUCCUGUGUAUCUUAGGGUCUGUGCGCAUGUGAAACUCCCUUUUCCUAGUUCAAGGAAAGUAGAGUAGAAAGUAGAGCCAAUAUUGACUGAAAAUGCACAGUGCUCAAUGCAUAUAAUGCUCCUUUUUUAUCAGCUUCUUGAACUCGACUCUUCUGUCAGCAGGGCAGCUCCUAUUUUAAUUCGUUAAUCUUUUCCUGAAAUAAAAUUCUGAAAACCA